AUGAAAUCUCUUCUCGGUAAUCUCAAGCUUUACAAGUUUGAUGUGCCUUAUGAAUCUGAUGUCGGUGUUAUAGUAGUAAGUCAUGGAGCCAUAGAAGUAGCUAUGCGGAUUCCAUUGACAAAAUACACAGGAAAAAGACAAGGAAGAGGAUCAAAAGCUGGAUUGUCCAAAUCGUUCUUAGGUCAGAUCCGUGGGUUCUUCAUUGGGCGCGAAGAUUCCAACUUACUUAAUCAGAUCUUUGACUACAUAGUCUCCAACUUUUGUUUCAAGGAUCUUAGUAUGGUACCUCCAGCAUUUUGGUCAAGAUCAUACAGAUGUGUACCAAUUGCUCCACCAGCGACGGAGAUCCUGGAUUGUUACCGAAGUUUUGAAUCUUGUAGUCUUUGUGAGAAAGGGUAUCCAGAAGAAGGUGAGAUUGUUCAUAAAACAACAUGCAAUCACAUCUUUCACGGGACUUGUAUCUCUCGUUACUUGCUGCGCAUUCCUCAUUGUCCUGUUUGCACCACUCACUUGCCACCUGUCGACAUCCGAACUCUCCUAUUCUCUUAAGAUUUGGUGGUUUUUAUAUUUGCUGCGGUUCUAACGAAUUUGUAAUUAAGUAUAGU